AUGUUUCCCUGGAAACUUGCAGACCUUAUACUGCAAGGGGUAAGAGCCAGCUUCACCUCGAAGUACAGUGUGGUGGGAGUCUUCAAGGUUAAGGUAGGAUUCUUGAAUAUUCAUAAACAACUCUUCAUGCUGUUGGAAGCAGAGCGGACGCCCCAGCCUGAGAACACAACACAGACGAUUGAUCCCGAUAGCUUGCAGACCUUAUACUGCAAGGGUAGCCUCCAUGUUGUCCUUCUCGCAACGGCGUUUCAGCGGCUAUGUGAGGCAGCGGGGGGAAGUUUCGCCGAUUUCCCCAACAGGUUUAAGAAGACAGCAUUCAUGCAGUGUGCCGAAAUCCGCAGCAAUACUUUGCUACCUCACGAGGUUAGGGGUCGCCAGCCAGCCCCAACAUCGAGUCAAGCAAUGGUGUUUCAGUGUAGACCAGGGGAGUUGAAGGUCCGCAGGUUGACAACUGCACUGCUAUUUUACAAACGCACCUACGGGAAGGAAGGUUGA